AUGGCGAUCCUUCUGCUGGUACAGAAAUUAGGCUUACUACUAAUAGAUGAAGCUAAUUAUGUCUCACAAGUGAAGCCAGAAGUGGAGUCACUCCACAAAGAACUUAGGCUGAUGACUGCCUAUCUCAAGGACGCAGAUGCAAUAUACCACAAAAGCGAGCCAGCCAAAGAGUGGGUAAGACAACUCAGAGAUUUGGCCUUCGAAGCAGAAGACAUCAUCGCCGUCUUUGUAUACGAAGAGGCGCAGAAACGGCAGGGCAGCGUCGUUGGGAAGAUCACCAAAAUCCCCAGACUUCUUAUUAAUUCUCACCAGCUAAGAGUGAAGAUCCAAAAUAUCAAUGGAAAGAUCAAGAAGUUGAAAGAUGAUAGAAUUAAUUUUGAUAUUAAACCUCUAGAUAAGGGUGGUCAAACACGGUCUUCUACUGAUCAUCAAGCACAUCAUCAUCAACUUGAAGCUACUUCGGGUGCCCAAAACUUCAUUCGGCCUGUCAACUAUGUCGUGGGGUUACAAAGCGAAGCAGAGGUGCUAGCGAAGAUACUGAUGAAAGAAGAGCCCUGGGACGGUUCGGUGUUGCCUCAAUCACAGGAAUAUAGAAUGAAAGAUGUUUUGUGCAACAUCAUAAAACAAGUUAUGUUGCUCACAGAAGAAGAGAAAGAGGCAUUGGCGUCAAAAGAGGCUGGAAUUUUGGAGGAAAAGCUUUCUGAUUUUCUCAAAGAGAAAAAGAUUUAUCUCUUCCUGUUGGACGAUGUAUGGAGUAAAGAAGAUUGGGAUAAACAGAAAAACUCCUUCCCUGUUCCAUGCAACAAUCAGCAGUGCAGGGUGUUGCUGACAACUCGUGAUGAAGAUGAAACAGAAGCCGUAGCACGUCUCAACAGUCUCAACAAGGAAAUGAAACAUCUGGCAACGGAGAUUGUUAAGAAAUGUGAUGGAUUACCACUAGCUAUUGUGGUAUUGGGAGAAGAUACUGAGAUUGAGAGGGAUAGAUUGAUUCGGCUAUGGGUUGCAGAGGGAUUUCUAGAACCAAGAGGGAAUUUAAGAAUGGAGGAUGUGGGCGGAGAAUGCCUUGAGGAGGUGAUGCAGAGGAACCUGAUCCAAGUUGCGAAAUGGAAAUUAAAUGGAGUACCUGAAUCAUUUAUUAUUCAUGAUCUCCUCUUGAACUUGGCAAUAUCAGAAGCCAAUGAAGGUAACUUUCUUAACAUCUCCACUCCUCCGAAGUCUUUGAAUUGUUAUCGUCGUGGCCCUCCAAGAUAA